UGCGGCAACACUUUCAAUUAAUCUAUUCUCUUCUUUCUCACCUUAACCUCUUUCUGUCCCGUGGAUGUGUUUGCGAUUGUGGCCAAGGCCAUGGCUAAAUUUGUUGCUGCCUUCCUCUUGGCCCUCAUUGCCAUUUCAAUGCUCCAAACUUUGGUUAUGUCAUCUCAUGGGCAUGGAGGUCACCACUAUGACAACCAAAGGCGCUAUGGACCAGGGAGUCUCCAGAGAUACCAAUGCCCAUCACAAUGCUCGAGGAGGUGCAGCAAGACCCAAUACCAUAAGCCAUGCAUGUUCUUCUGUCAGAAGUGCUGCAGAAAGUGCCUGUGUGUGCCUCCAGGGUAUUAUGGGAAUAAAGCUGUUUGCCCUUGCUACAACAACUGGAAGACCAAGGAGGGAGGACCCAAGUGCCCUUGAACCAAAUCUCUAAUUCCUAUUACUACUACAAUUGUUAGUGCCGUGGUCUUAAAUUAUCAAUGCCAUACCAUUGUAGUAGUUCUGCUAACUAUAUAUAUACUGUGCUUUCUUCCUCAUAUGGUGGGUUUUGUGAUUUCAAGUCACUCCUUGAGGAUCUCAGAGUGGCUAAUUUAUUAUUUAUGUUAUCAAUGAAUUCUAUAAUA